CCCGGAAACGCGCCAAGGCACCAGCCCCGGCCGACUUCCCGACACUUUCAACCCACAAACCACACACACACACACCCAAUAAGCUAAGAUGGGGGUCGAUGAUCACGACACCUUCUCCGGCCUCACCCCUCUCCAGCAAGCUGCUCAGGAGGGUGAUGUCGCCAAAGUCGUCGAGCUGCUGGAUGCCGGUGCGGACGUGAACAUCCAGGCCAACGGCGAGAUGGCCGGCAAGACCGCCGCCAUGAUCGCCGCCUCCAACGGCAACACGGAGAUCCUCAAGGCCCUCGGUCGCGGUCCCUCGCUCCUGGACCUCAAGGAUGCCGACGGGGGCACCGCCGCGAUGACUGCCGCCGUGCACCACCACGGAUCCGUCCUCGACUACCUGAUCGAGAAACACGUGGAUCUCAACGCGACGGACAGCGACGGCUGGACCGCGCUCAUGUACGCCGUCACCGUCGGCGACGCGGUGUGCGUGGAGAAGCUCGUCAAGGCUGGCGCGGACAUCUCCAUCAAGAACGCGGAUGGGGAGACUGCGAUUGACCUGUGCAAGCAGUCCAAGAAGCGGUACCCGCUCAUCCAGAUCAUCGAUCCGAAGGAGCCCCUCCCCGACAUCACCGAGUAGACGACUAACCUGUAACAACAACAACAACGACGACGACGAUGACGACAAAAACAAAAACCACCGACGACGCGUGGACGAGGCGCGAGCGCGACGCGUCGCCGUAAGUUAGCAACCUCAGUGGUACGGCGGGUUAGGCAUCUUUAAAACCCAAAGCCGUCGACGUUU